UGAUGAGUUCUUAUGCAUACUUGUUUAAAUUUAUUAUUAUUGGAGAUUCAAGUAAUUAUAUUUCUUAAAAAGAUAAGGUGUUGGAAAAUCAUGUUUACUUUUAUAAUUUUUGGAUAGGAAAUUUAAGUUGGAUCAUGAUACUACUAUAGGAGUUGAGUUUGGAAGCAAGACUUUAAAUAUUAGAUAAAAGAACAUAAAACUAUAAAUUUGGGAUACUGUAUAAACUAAUUUAAUUAUUUUAGGCUGGACAAGAAAGUUUUAAAUCAAUUACUAGAUCAUAUUAUAGAGGAUCAAUCUGUGCAUUAAUUGUGUAUGAUGUGACUAGUAGAGACAGUUUUGAGAAUAUUAGUAGAUGGAUGGAAGAAACAAAAAGCUAUGCAAAUGAUAAAAUUACACUUGUAUUAGUUGCUAAUAAGACAGAUUUAUCAGAUAAGUAAAUUUAUAUAUAAAACCCUAUUAGAAGAGUUAUAUCUACAGAGGAGGGAUAAACAUAUGCUAAAAAGCAUGAUUUGAUUUUCGUUGAGGCAUCUGCAAAAACAGGAUUUUAAGUUGAUAAAGUAUUUUCUAUCACAUAAUAUAUAUUAGAUAUUCUAAGAAGCAGCUGAAGCUGUCCUCAAAAAAAUAGAACAAAGAGACAUUGAUGCAACUAAUGAAGUAUUAUUUAUUAUAAUAUUUUAAGUCUAUUGGUGUACGUAUUGGAUCAUAAAUGACUGAAGAAAUGAUUGAAAAAUAAAAAGAGUAAAAAGUAUCAAAAUGCUGUUGAAA